GAGGAUGUGAUCAUGCGAUCUCCAGCAGAAGGGAAAUUAUGAAAGAGAUCUCACCAUGAAAAGGGCAGCCCACAACCACUUGGCUCCCAGAAGAGGCUGAGCUUCUGAGAGGACGUGUCAGAGCAAGUAUUUGUUUCUCCAUCCAUCCAGCCAGCAUGGAACCAAAGCGGAUCAGGGAGGGCUACCUUGUGAAGAAGGGGAGCAUGUUUAACACCUGGAAACCCAUGUGGGUUGUACUAUUAGAAGACGGGAUUGAAUUUUAUAAAAAGAAAAGUGACAACAGCCCCAAAGGAAUGAUCCCCCUGAAAGGAAGUGCUCUGACUAGUCCCUGUCUUGACUUUGGCAAAAGGAUGUUUGUGUUUAAGAUCACUACGACCAAGCAGCAGGACCACUUCUUCCAGGCAGCCUUCCUGGAGGAGAGAGAUGCUUGGGUGCGGGACAUCAAGAAGGCCAUUAAAUGCAUUGAAGGGGGCCAGAAGUUUGCAAGGAAAUCCACAAGGAGGUCCAUUCGUCUGCCAGAAACCAUUGACUUAGGUGCCUUGUAUUUGUCCAUGAAAGACACUGAAAAGGGAGUAAAAGAACUGAAUCUGGAGAAGGACAAGAAGAUAUUUAAUCACUGCUUCACAGGUAGCAGUGUCAUCGACUGGCUGGUUUCCAACAAGUCGGUUCGGAAUCGUCAGGAAGGCCUGAUGGUUGCCUCAUCGCUGCUCAGUGAAGGGUACCUGCAGCCUGCUGGUGAACUGUCUAAGAAUGCAGCUGAUGGAAUCAUUGAAAACCCCUUUCUGGACAAUCCUGAUGCCUUCUACUACUUUCCAGACAGUGGGUUCUUCUGUGAGGAGAAUUCCAGUGAUGAUGAUGUGAUUCUGAAGGAAGAAUUCAGAGGGGUCAUUAUCAAGCAGGGAUGUUUACUGAAGCAGGGGCACAGGAGGAAAAACUGGAAGGUGAGGAAGUUCAUUCUGAGAGAAGACCCAGCCUACCUGCACUAUUAUGACCCUGCUGGGGGGGAAGACCCUCUGGGAGCAGUUCACCUGAGAGGCUGUGUAGUGACAUCUGUGGAGAGCAGCCCAGAUGGCAAGAAGAGUGAUGAGGAGAACCUUUUCGAGAUCAUCACAGCUGAUGAAGUCCAUUACUUCUUGCAAGCAGCCACCCCCAAAGAGCGCACUGAGUGGAUCAAAGCCAUCCAGGCAGCCUCGAGGACUGGGAAGUGAGAAUACACCUGCAGGUCCUCAGCCCUUCCUGAGAAAAGUCCACAAAUUCGCUCCAGUCCAGGACCUAUCCCCUUCGGAGACAAUUCAACUGGAAAGAGCCUAGGGGAGGGAAGUUUUUGCCCAAAUUUAACUGUGUGCCACAUGAUAUUUACCUGCACCGCCUCGCUCACAACAGCCACUCUGCCCCCACCCCAUGUCCCCAAGCUUUAUUAACGAGCUAUGUGACUUGAGUAGGCCACUUAACCUUUUCAGACUUCUGAAAGAGAACUCAGAGAUCUCUGAGGUCCUCCAUAGCUUAAAAACUAAAAACCAAAAAGACAAAGAACAACAAACAAGCAUAAAAAUGCCCUGGGUCUCUAAUUGUCUUGCUGUGCCCUUCCUCAGUAAAGCUUGGGCCUUCAGCUAGCUCAGAACCAGAGACAGCCCCUUCCCUUGGAACUGCUGUCAAUUGUCUCCAGAGCACUCAGACAAAACCCUUUCAAGCCACCUUAAACUUGCUCUUGGCCAUGAGAUGAUGGGAUGAGAUGCACUUUUUUUCCUCCCCUACCUAUCCAGACACUUUGGGAGCAGAGAGAGCUUAUGGCUUUCAGCCUUAAGUCUCCUAUGACUUUUUACAGCCUUGGGAUUCAAUGUCUUUAAGAAAAGACUUGAGGAAGAUAGGCAUCACUGAGGGCCAUUUUCAGGCUUGGAAGCUACCUAGACCUUUUCACUCCUUCUGGAGUUGAAUCUGUGAGGAGCCUCUGUUGUUCCUUUCUGAAAUAUUUCUCCACCAUUUAACAUACUUAGGAUGGGAGCAAGUUUCUCAUGAGCUUUGCAGAAACCACAUGGGUUUCUGCAUACAUGAAGGGCCUGGGCAGCUGCCUGUCUAUGUGUCCUCCAGCUGCCAUGUGGAAGACAAGAAUACAGGGCUGCUGGUGGAUGCUGGCUUUAUACCAUGUCAGCAGUGAACGGCCUCAGAUCUACACAAAUCUGGUGGUGGCAGCCACCAACUUGGUGCAGCAACUUCAGUGCCCUGGUUCACAAUUCUGUGCUUUGCUCAAGCCUUAAGCAGCAGUUGUAGCUUGGGCAUUGAGGGUUUCUUGGCCUGGUUAUUAGCUAGAGUAAUCUGACCUAGAUCAAAAUGGUAACAUGGGUGUAAUUUUUCAACAUGAUAACUAGCGAUUCCUAUCAAAAAUUCAGAACAUAUUCACAGAACCAGAUAUAUGUGCAAAGUCACAGUUUUCAAACUCAUUGAUUUUACGGCCUCAGCAAGAAAAAAAAUGGAGGAGAACCCAUUCCUGGUUUUAUUAGCUUUUAUUCUUGAGUUCCCUCAGUUCUUCUGUAUUAUUAAUGAGCCAGUUGCUAUUCUAAGUUGUUGUUGUUUUUUUUAUCAAUGGCCAGAGGUAAAGGAGCACCUUUUCCUUUGAUUCUUUAGUUCAUCAUCUUCAUGAAAUAUGCACACUAGUUUUCUACAUUCAGUGUUAAAAGUAUUUAUUAAUAUGGAGUCAAUCUGUGUUUGAAAAUAAAUAUAACUUAGUUUUUAGUGUC